AUGGGAGAAGAGAAAGUGAACAAAAAAAAGAAGAUAAAAAGACUUGUAAUUGCAGUCAUCAUUGGCAUCUUCGUUGGUUCGCUGUGUGGUUUCAUCCUUCUAGCUCUCGUGCUCUGGUGCCGAAGAUCGACCUCGACAUCCACAUCAACUUCCGGCUUUUUUCCCGGAUCUGCCAUCGCCUGUCCGUACGAUCGGGAUCUGAGCGAGGCGGUGACGUCACUGGCCGACGUGGUGGACGAUGCGGGCAGCAACGUCUGCAAGCUGCACCGACUACCAACAGGCGAAUACGGAUAUGCGCACGUCUGGAAGGUGCACAACACGCAACUCCCCAUCGCAAACAACCAACAAAAAUCAGCUGCAACUCCCCAACAUCGCCGACAGGAACUGCAACAGAUGGAAAUGUUGAGCAACAGUCAGCAACAUUUAAACAGAAAUUUAAAUGUGACGAACGAACUCGUCAACACGUGUUGCAAUGCGUUUUACGCGCCUAAAACAACGGACGAUAUCGCUUUACAGCGGCAAAAUAAUCAACAACAGCAACUGAAUAUUUACGAUCAUUAUCAACAAAAUUCGACCAACCAAUCAAUUGUUGAGAACGAUGUGAGUUGUAAUUAUAUAGCGGAACAACAACAGCACCAGCAAUAUCAGCAGCAAAUCGUUCAACAACAACAACAGCAAACAUGCAAAUUCAACAACAUCAUAGACAACAACAACAUUGAAAUGGAAUGUCCCCUGUUCAACGAACGUGGCCUAAACAAUAGCAACAUCAUCAUCAACAACAACAACAGCAACAACAUCGACAACGACAACAAUAACAACAACAUCGUGACAGCUGUUGACAAAGCCAAUAAAAGUUUGUCAACAUUCAAACCUAAUGCAGUUGAUCUUGUUUCUGGAGUUAAACCAACGACAGCAGUGAUUAAAUCAACAACAAAUCAUCAACAACAACAACAUAAUCACUAUCAUCAUCAUUUUCCGCAUCAGCAAGAAUUAAUCAAUAACUACAUGUGA